AUCCCCGACACCCCCCGCCCAUAUGGAAGGAAGCGGCGCGCGUAGGCCCGAGACCCCGAUGGCGCUGAAGGAACGUGCCGCGGGCGCCGCUGCCUCCAGGGAGCUGCUGUCCGUGGGGAGCGGAGGAGGUAUUCAUGACACACUGUUGAUUAACUCAAAACAUGCCAGCAAAAAGGUCACAAAUUUAGAGACAGUUAGAAUACCAAGAAGUAACAUUUUGGACAGAGUUCAGAGCUUUCUACCUCAGAUGGCCCUUGCAAACAAUGAGCUAAGAAGAGAAAUGGCAACAGCUCCAGCUCAUCAGUUUGAUAUUGAAAAUCUAGACAGCUGCCUUGAAAAUAUUAUAGAAAUGAAUGUAGCCUUGGUUGAAUUAAGUGGUUCUGACACGGAUGAAGAAGAAAUAAUUUCAGAAGACAGCUCAGAAUCUGAAGAGGACAGUUGUGCAACUGAUGAAGUUACCAUAGACACGAUAAAACUUCCAAAACAAAAAGGAGAAAAGGGCAAAAUAGAAAUUUUGGACAGCAAAGUGAAUGAGUAGAUAGAACUAUUUUCAGAUUUCCAUUUCUGAAUGUAUCAUGUCCUGACUACUUUGAAGGCUUGACCCUUAGAAAACUAGCUAAUUUCCAAGUGUGUGUCACCUGGAAACUGGCGAACUCCCAGUCACUUAUGUCACUGGAAGUACUGUGUUUAGUAGGGUGGAGAGUUUCUUAUGGCUGGGAGGAAAGCUGGAGCUCUUAGAACUAAGUCCAGACCUAUCCUCCAAGCUAUAUAGAAAUGAGUUGCAUCAGGAGGUCAGGGUGGGGAAGAAACAGCAUGAAACUUGGUAAUUUGAGAGGCUGCACUGUAAAGCUUAGCAAGAAGUGUGAAGUUCUUGGCCUGUUGCGAGGUGAAGAACAGGUUAAUAGGGUGUGGGGGUACUUACUUCAGGAGAGGGAAACAAGUAGAUUGGAGGAAGACAAAGCUUGUGUUUUGAGAUGGGAAUAAAUAUGCUAAGAUAAUAAAGUAUUAUAUACUUGUCUUCACUAGCAAAUACUAAAAAAGCACUCAGUGCUUCAAGAGUUAAGUCAGGAAAUAUGCCUAAUUUAUUCUUGCCUCAAUUUUAUAGGGAGCAAUUUGGGCUAUUUUACUGUAUUUAGUUUAGUCAUGUUUUGCUUUUCAAAUGAUAUAUCUGAAUGCCUUUGUAGAUUAUAACUUGUUUCUCAAAGAAACAGUAUUUUAUAUAAUAAUUUAAGGUUAUAUGACUGUAUUUACUUAGCUACAGAAAAUUGACUAGCAAGCUGCAGUUAAGCACAGGAUUUAAAAUAAAUACUGUUUGGAACAUUUGACCAAGAUAAUGAUCAAUACCAUUUCCAGUCUUUGUUGAAGAGCAUGUCCUCUUAUCUUUCUUUAUUAAUAGGAAAAAUAAAAUCUUACUGGCAUC